AUGUCUCGCCCCAAGCAGAGAGAGAUUGCCUGCGCUCGUUGUUUUCGCUUGAAGCGAAAAUGCGACCAUGCGAAGCCUACCUGCGGUGAAUGUCGCCGGAAAGGCGCCGAGUGUCUGCCGGCCAGGUCGCGCAGGACCGGAGAUAGCGUGACCGUUCCGUUCGCCUACCUGAAAGAAUUGGAGAGAAGAGUCGCCGAGCUGGAAGACUCCCCUCGUUCCGUUCAUGGGGAGAUGUGCGAUGCAGGAGUCCAGACGGACUUGAUCCUGGAGGAAAUCAUGGAUGCGCCUUCAAAGCCACUUCGGAUGCCUUUGAAUUCCAUGAAAGACAAGUCGAGUUGGAUGGAAUUACCAGAAGACAACGCCCUUGUAUUAUUUUCGGAAGUACAACCCAUCCGUAUAUCUCGAUCACCCUCUCGAACUUCAUUUACAAACUUAUUUUUUCCAUGCAACGAAAACCUCGACUUUCUACGAUUCGAUGACGGACCGGUUUACCCGCUUAUAAGCGACGACUCCCUAUGGCUCACCGAACUUUACACCAAUAUCUACUUCUUAAUAUCCCACCGCGAGUGGCCCUUCCUGAACGAGUCCGCUUGUAGAACUUGGCACUGCGAGGAGACUUUCGACGGACAAGAAUGGAAGUGUUUCUUCCUACAGAUGGUCUACGCCAUUGGCGCAUCGUUAUGCAAUACCAUGCACCGAGAUCCUGCACACCUGAGACGAUCGAAAGAAUUAUACGCCUCCGCUUUGACGUAUUAUCCACAUGUGGUGGGGAACUCCUCGAUGGUGCUGCAGGUCCAAGCAUCGCUUCUUCUGAUUGUCUAUGCACUGCACUCACCUUCGUCGGAGGAGAUUGCCACCGGUGUCUCUUCAAUAUUACCAUUCUGUACAGCUACGAUGACCGAGAUCCGCAAACAUGCGCGCGAUCUUCGAGACGAUGAAUCUGCCGUUGCUGGGGAGUAUUGGACAGAGAACAUGUUCAUUACGUGUUAUAUGUUGAAUGAGGUUAUUGCUUCUGGUUGGGAUCGGCCGAUGUCUGCUGCGUAUCGUGCCGUGGAUGACGAUCUGUGUAUCCUGGGAGAUACUAUCCAGCCUCCCGUCAACACGAAUCCCGCCCUGGGCCAUCUCUUCCGACUACGAAAGAUUCAAUCAAACAUCAGAAGAUCACUCGAGCGAUCUCGUUGGCAGUUCUCUGAAGAGAAGGAUGAUUUCAACUCCUCGUUAAAGUCGGCACUGAAUAUUUGGAGACAAGACAUUCCGCGAUACGGAACUGCUAAUGUCUCGUGUGGCUACUUCCAUCCAAAUUGGAUGACGAAGCUGUACGACUACAGUAUUUUGAUUUUGAUGGAGGAGAAACGCAACUUCCUGGACCACGAAGGGAUCGAGGAUAUUUUCUCUGCCGUCGCCGAGGUCUGUAUGAAGUACCGGAAUUUCCAGGAGGAAGGACAUGUGCUGUGUUUUACCUGGUCUGCACUUGUGUUUCAAUUCCGGGCUGGUAUCAUGCUUCUAUACCUUAUCUGGGCGACAGUGUCCACGAAUAAUCCAGCUUUCCAGCAACGACACCAAGCACAUGAAUACGCAGAAGCAAUCGGAGCUUGCACAAAGAACUUGGCUUGCUUCGCAGACCGGUGGGAUGAUGCCGUGCCGUAUUAUAAACUGUUCCAGUUUUUGCACCAGAAGGCAAUGUGGGAUGCCGAUACGUCGGCACUGGAGAGUCUCCCGUCACUGGAGGAGGCCGAGUGUUAUCUGGAGCAACUCAAGAAGAAGUACCUACACCGAGCUAUACUGGGGAUGAUAGAGGAUAUGAUGUAUGGUGGUUGUAUGCGAUAUGAGGCAGACCUGGACACGUUUGUGACGGGCAUGUAA